GCUGACGCUAAUGCUAUUGGUAAACUCGGACGGCCGAGAGAAAGCUUCAGAGAGCAAUGAAAAUCAAAGCUUCCAUCUCCCCUGUAAUGCUAUUGACUGACUAAAUAUUGUUCAUCGACAAAAACCCUCUCUCACCCCGCCGCUGCCAUGGAGCUCCGGCUUCUCUUUCUCCUCUUCUGCUCCUCCCUCCUCGUUCUGCCAACCCAUUUGACACCAUCAUCAGCAGCUAAAGACACCGAUACCCAUCUGCUCCAACCCACUGAUCAACGGCGCGACGGCUACAUCUCCGUGCUCUUGACCCAACAGGGGAUCGAUUUCGCCAAGGAUGUCUUGAUAGGCAAAGCAAUUUCUUCUCUGAUCCCAAUUCAGCUGGACGACAUCGAGAAGUCGGUCAAAAUCCCGCUGGUUGGCACCGUCCGCAUCCGUCUAUCUGACAUCGCCAUCAACGAAGCCACCGUGGGUUCUUCACGAGCUCAAGCUGGGCGCCCUGGAAUCCAAUUGGUUGCUUCUGGGAUUACUGCCCAGAUGAGCUUGAAGUGGAAGUAUUCUUACAAGGUUUGGUUUGUCGAGAUUUCUGACCAUGGAGUUGCCUCAGUUCAGGCUGAAGGUAUGCGAGUUGGGGUCAUUGCGGGUGUGAAGGAAGAUGGAGGCACCCUGAAGCUUUCAGUUUUGGCCUGCGGCUGCCAAGUGGAAGAUGUGUCUAUUGAUGUUCAUGGUGGAGCAUCUUGGCUUUAUCAAGCGUUGGUUGAUGCUUUUCAAAACACCAUAAAGUCCAAGGUGGAAAAGGCUGUUGCCAAGAAAAUCACAGAUGGGAUCGCAAAACUCGACACCAAAUUGCAAUCAAUUCCGAAGCUGAUCAACAUUGAUCGUACUGCUGCACUGAAUGUUACUUUUGUCAGCGAUCCCAUCUUCCAGUCAUCUUCAGUUGAUCUGCAAAUUGAUGGUUUGUUUACAUCAUUGGGUAAUGCUUUGGCUCCGGCCUAUCACCGUGUAGGGAGAGGAGCUUCUUUAUAUUACGACGACGAGUCUCGUAUGAUUGGAAUAUCACUACAUGAAGAUGUGUUUAAUUCUGCUGCAACAACAUACUUCAAUGCAGGUUAUAUGGAUUGGAAGAUCAAUAAACUGCCAGAUCAAUCCCUCUUGAAUACUGCAGCAUGGAAGGAUGUGUAUCCCGAGUUAUACAAGCUUUACCCCGAUGAUGACAUGACUCUGGAUGUGAAGUCUGCUUCUCCUCCAGUCAUUACCAUUACAGAGGAUGAUGGUAAUGCUGCCAUCGCCUUGGACGUGACAGUGAAAGUCUUGAAUGCUACUCAAGUUCUACCAGUUGCUUGUGUAUCAGUGGCAAUUAACGCUUCUUGCACUCCACAAAUCUUGGGGAACAACCUUACUGGCGUUCUAGAUAUGAGAAGUUUCAAAUUAUCUCCCAAAUGGAGCAACAUCGGGAACCUACAGACCCCUCUACUCGAGGAGAUGGUCUCCACUGUCCUAGGCAGCAUCUUCAUCCCAUACGUGAACUCCCACCUCGCAAGAGGGUUUCCCUUGCCUGUAAUUCACGGAUUCGCAAUCGCUGAUGGUGAAAUCAAAUGCAUGGAUUCGAGCCUCAUAAUCCGCAGCGACAUUGCCCUGACCAGCCGAGAUCAAUCAAAUGUGGGGUUUCCGGUAGGCAUUUCGAUGACAGUUCCACCGAUCGGAAGCCCAACGGUGAAUAGAAGCUCUAAGGCAGAGAAGAUGGCAUCUUCUUCCGACGCGUGGAUGAAGGAGUACAAUGAAGCGGCAAAGCUUGCGGAUGAUAUCACUGGGAUGAUAUCUUCUCUCCCUUCAGCUGGACCUGAAAGCCAGCGUCAUGCUUCUGCUGCUCGGCGGAAGAUCACCAUUUUGGGUACCCGACUUGAUAGCUUACAGACCCUCUUGACAAAGCUUCCCGGAAAGCAGCAUGUAUCGGAAAAGGAAAUGAACCGUCGGAGGGACAUGAUUGGGAACCUGAGGACGAAAGCCAACCAGAUGGCUUCCUCGUUGAACAUGACAAGCUUUGCUAACAGGGAUAGUUUGUUAGGCACUGAAAUAAAGCAAUCUGACAUCAUGAGUCGAACAACUGGUUUGGACAACCAUGGUCUCGUUACUUUUCAGAGGCAAGUUAUGAGAGAGCAAGAUGAGGGGCUUGAGAAGCUGGAAGAGACAGUAAUAAGUACAAAACACAUCGCCUUGGCAGUCAAUGAAGAACUAGAUCUUCACACCAGACUUAUUGAUGACUUGGAUGAACAUGUGGAUGUGACGGACUCUCGCUUAAGGCGAGUGCAGAAGCAAUUGGGAGUAUUGAACAAGCGGACCAAGGGCGGUUGCACCUGCCUGUGCAUGCUUAUGGCCGUAAUUGGGAUCGUGGCUCUGGUUGUGGUCAUAUAUAUGCUGAUCAAGUACUUGUGAUCGUGCCUGAAACCCCCCAUUUUCACUAUAUCGGCCAUUGCCUUGCCUUGUCUGCCUGCUGCUCUGCCCAUUCUGCAACAAGUCGUUCUCCCCUCCUGUUUUUGCUGUACCUUCCCCUGUUGUUUGGAAAUUCUCUGCUUCCGCUCCUCUAUGGUGGUGCUAUGUUGAUGUGGCAGAAGCUGUAAUACCAAAAAAAAGAAAGAAAUAUCGGGAAUCAACACUGUAAAUGAAACCCAAGUGAUUUGGCUCGAGUGUGUCGUUUGUCUGUUGGUCAACCAAAGCCAAACUACACGUUUUAAUGUGAAAUAUAUAUGGUUGUCUUCAUGUCUUGUCUGUGCUUCAUUCAUAUUUGGCAUUGCCACGUAUCUACAUU